AAUACACAGAUAUUCAAAGUUAUAUAAUAAUUGUUAAUUACAGUUGUAUAAAAAUGUGACGAACUGUAAAGAACUAAAGAAUUUCUUUACUAAUCCAAAUUGCAGAUAUGGCCAACAUAGUACUAAUAGCUUCUCUAGCUGUAUUAGGACUAAUUAUUGCAAUUGCUCUUUUUCUGGCUGGUGGAUACUUGUGGUGGAGGCAUAAAAGAUCCCAGUUACAGUUUAUUGAGCCAAAUGAAGACGAGGAAUCUAGUAGCUAUAGUCUUAGAGCUGCGCAGGAUAUUGUUGAAUCUGGCAAUCCACCCUUAAAACCUCAAGUGCCGGUGGCACAAGCGAUCUCGACGCCUCUUCAGAAUAACAUUAACAGGAAAUUGAAUGGGUUUUUAAGUCUUAGAACUCCGUUAAUUGGUGGCUCGGGAAAUACACCAUCAAAAGCCCAAAAUGUUUCAUCGGCUGGAAACGCAGGAGAUGGGACUCCUAAGGAUUCUGCUAAUAAAAGUAUAUCAAUGACUGACAUGUAUCUGGACACCACCGAUCCGAGUGAAAAUGUGGGACAAAUACAUUUUUCUUUGGAAUACGAUUUCCAAAACACAACAUUGAUUUUAAAAGUUCUACAAGGAAAAGAGCUUCCGGCUAAAGAUUUAAGUGGUACUUCCGAUCCAUAUGUUCGUGUAACCUUGUUACCAGAUAAAAAACAUAGAUUGGAAACUAAAAUAAAACGUCGGACUCUCAAUCCACGAUGGAAUGAAACAUUUUACUUUGAGGGAUUUCCUAUUCAAAAACUCCAAUCUCGAGUUUUACACUUACAUGUAUUUGAUUACGAUCGGUUCUCAAGAGAUGACUCCAUAGGAGAGGUAUUCCUUCCUUUAUGCCAAGUUGACUUUGCUGGAAAACAGUCAUUUUGGAAAGCCUUAAAACCCCCCGCUAAGGAUAAAUGUGGAGAACUUCUAUCAUCCCUUUGCUAUCACCCGUCGAACUCAAUAUUAACUUUAACAUUGAUUAAAGCGAGAAAUUUAAAAGCUAAGGAUAUCAACGGAAAAUCUGAUCCUUAUGUAAAGGUUUGGCUUCAGUUUGGAGAUAAAAGGGUAGAAAAAAGAAAAACACCUAUAUUUACCUGCACAUUAAAUCCUGUAUUUAAUGAAUCGUUUAGUUUUAACGUUCCAUGGGAAAAAAUAAGAGAAUGUUCUUUGGAUGUUAUGGUAAUGGAUUUUGAUAAUAUUGGAAGGAACGAGUUAAUAGGGCGAAUUUUAUUAGCUGGUAAAAACGGUUCUGGAGCAUCAGAGACAAAACAUUGGCAAGACAUGAUAUCAAAGCCCAGGCAAACUGUUGUUCAAUGGCAUCGUCUUAAGCCUGAAUAACUUUAAAUCUUUCCAAUUAUAACAUAAAAUGUACUCCAGUAAGUAUAUCGGAGAAACCCGUAUAUGGAUGUAUAUAAAUUGAUUUAUACUUGAAUCCAUAGCGAUACCAAUUAGAGUUAAAACAAAAAUUAAAAAUCUGCACAAAUGUUCUAUUGUUUGAAAAAUACAAAAAUAGCCUUAAAUUUACAUACAGUAAUUGUUCUGAACAGAGCCGGAGUUUUAUACGUGCUUAUAUGUAGAGAACUGUUCGUAGGGUCAUUUCGUGGGAUUAUUGAAAAAAAUUAUGUAUUGUAAUAUUCAUUUAUGAAUUAUUUUUAAAUGUAACAUUUUUUAUUUAUAAUAAUAUGUGAUGUGCUACAAACUUAUAAAUAUGAUUACAAUAAUGAUUUCUGAAAGACGCAUUCAGCCUUGAAAAUGGCUUUAUCGACUCCAAUAAAGGCAAACAGAUUAUUGUCAUUACAGUUAUUUAAAAACGUCGCUACUUAAUAAUAUAUGCAUUUAAAUUUUAAAACAACUUAAAUAUUUUUCACCGAAGACAAGAGCAAAAGUAUGCUCAAACGACAUAUCCCAUAUAAUUUAUUUUAGCCAACAUUUGUUAAGGAAAUGGGGCGAUGGAUCUUUUGAUUCGGAUUCAGCACACAAUAUUUAUAAAAAACUGUGGAUUUUUUGUGAAGAAGAUUUAUACAUAAAUGCAGUGUAAGUAAAUACCGCUCGUUGAAUUCAUUUUGUUGUUAUUUGCUUUCGUUUUAAAUAUAAGAAGGAUAAACAAUUAUUAUACUCGUUACUCGAAGAGUAAAAUGGCAAAAUGUAUUUGUUGAACAGUAAAGGAUAAAAAACAUAUACAUAUAUUAUUAAUCAGGAUUCCGUUUGUCUGUCCAUAUGUUCAUCUGUCUGUUUGAAAGCUGACAUCUUGGAAAGUAAAGGAAUAUAAUGUUCGGUUUUAGCAAAUAGGUUCUGUAAAUGCGUAAGCAGCGCAAGUUUGUUGCAUAGCUCGGCCACAACCACUCUAAAGCGGAAAAUCUGCGAAAACUAAAAUGCUGAGAUCUCAGGAAUUAUAAGAGCUAUAAGUAUGCAGAAUCUAGCAUCUACAAGCACCAAAAAAUGUAAGAUUAAUAAAAUUAAGGCUUUAGAUAUUUUUGACCUUAAAUAUUAUUUUUUUAAUAAAUUACUAUCAUUACUAUCAGUUUAAAAUGCAAAAAGCUGACACUAGUACAAUUUUACAUGCCGUAAAUGUUUCCAAGCAUAAUUAUUUUGAAAUUGCUUAACAGAGUAACAGGUAUCCAAUAGUCGUGACAAUCGACUAUGGCGAUAUCGCAAAACAUAAACAUUGUUCUGUAUAAGAUAAUAAAUGAAAAUAAAUUUGUAUUAAUAUAUUUUAAUAAAGUAAUCCAAAUGUCUGAGUUGUUCGUUUUUAUUCAAUAAGAAUAUUUAAAAAUUCUACGAUAUGUAUUUUUGAUCUAGACUUAUAAGUCUAUAAAAGAAAACCACACU